AUGCGAUGCCGUGACGUCUCGACGAGCGAGAGCGAAGAAGAGAACGAUUUCACGCCAAUUAGCUAUCAUUACUCCGUGAAUCCCGUACAGAAGUCUAAUAAUUGCCGAGUGACCGAAGUCAGUGAGCCGGUUGAAAAGUAAAUAUUUUUCUGUUGUUAUUCAUGUUUUUUGCCUUAUUACACUUGGCAUUUCAGAGGUCCUGCUCGUCCGAAAACGUUGAGUCCGCUUCCCCAGAAUCCAAAUUCGUUCCCAAGAGCUACUAUUGCUACCGGGCCACCUCGUUUGACUGCCGACGAGAGAGUGCGUCAACGAUCCAAACCUCCACCUUCUCCUCCAGUAAAUCAGAAGGCGAUUCCAAGAGUUGUGGCUUUUGGGAGAACCACCAAAUUGGAGGAUACGAUUCACGUAAGUUGUUUCUUUUUUUUCAUCGGUGUCUAGGCUAAAACUGGUCGAUUCAACGCUUCCGCUGGUCUUCUCAACAGAGCCAUGUCUGCUUCUACCUUUAACCUUCACCAUCAUAAUGUUCCUCAUACCUUAAGUGCUCAAGUGCAAACACUUCAACAACUGGUUGACGAGCUUUCCAAGAAAGUUACCAGCCAAGAUAAAAAAAUCGAAGAUUUGAAAAGCACAGUUUCCCAUAUGAAGGAGAAUCAAGUCAACACCUGUAAAGAUAUUGUAACUACCACAAAGUCGCUUAGAGGAUUAUCAGAACGGUGCCUGAAGAACGAAAAAGAUGUUGACGAAAUGAAUAAGAUUGUAGGUCACAGUGGGUUUAUUUUCAUUGAAUUUUAGAUAAGCAAAUUGAGCAAGACAACAAAAAUAGAUCCGGUUAAAUAUGUGAGUGUUGAUGGAGAAGAGGAAAUUCCGGUGAUUGAUUUGAAAGGCUCGGCACGAGAGGGUAGACUGGACGUGCCUGAAGCGAGUUUCUUAGAAGUAAGUCAGUUUGAAGAAGUAUGUGUGUGACGACCGUUCAAAUAUUACUUAUUUUAUAUUUUAGCUGGAAGAUCGGCUGAAACGUGAAGAAAAUGGGCUCAGAAGUGGAUUGGCCGGCUCCUCACAGUCCAAAAGAGAACAAAGGUUCUAUGCCGAGAAGCAUGUUGACAAUAGCAAAGAAAAUCAGUAAGUCUAAGUUAGUUUUUGUACUUCACUUUUAUAUAUUUUUUUUUCACUUUAGGGAGCCAAAUUCUGCCCGAUCUGUUACGCAUGCUUUUUAUUAUGUCCAAAGAGAAGAGGUGCAUUCCCCAUCACCUCGAACGCGUCCACCAACUCGGCAUUCGGAGAUGUUUAGAAGAUAUCCAGAACUUCCAGCUAGGAACGGGGAGAAGUUGGGUAGGCCGAAGUCCUACUUGGAUAAGAAUGGGACCGUCGACUACACUCCGUCCAUGAAGAAAUACCUCGAUAAAACGAGUGAGUUUUGUGUCAUUUGAACCUUACAUUGCGGAAGAAGAAGUUUUACUACUGUUUUUAGUCUCUCUAGAAGAGGAAGACAGUGAUCUCGAUCGAAGCCUGGAAUCUUAUCGCCCAAAGCCCCAGAGAGUGAAAUACGAAGAGGAGAGAUUGGACGACAUCGAUGAGGCUACUUAUGUUAGUAUGGUGGCCAGGAAUGUUGAUGAUCGAAGAAGAUACAAGAAUGGGGCAACACGAAAUGUCAUUGCCGGAUACAAUGACAUCACUCAUGGAGGUGAGUUCUGAUCUUUGAUUUUUUUGUAUGAUUUUUGAGCAUUGAUUUAUUUCCUUAUUUAAGAAUCCCUGGACAGUGAAAUCCCCGACAAUUUCCAGACCUACAAAAGUCGAUAUCAUCAUUGA